AUGGCCUGCCCUGGGCUGUACCCACCAGGACCUCUCAAGGUGGCCUAUGGUAAAGUUGCUCACUACAGAAGAUUCCAGCAACCCAGAAAGAAAAAUGAAUCAUUCAACAGGAAGGGUAUUGAGAGAUGGCAUAGAGCUGUGUCUACCAACUUAGUACAGCAAAACCUGUUGGUCCCCAAGGAGGAAUCAUCCUGUGAAAGUGACAUGGGAUUUCAUGAACACCAGCAAAGUCAGAAAAAAACUCUGAUGAAGAAAAUGAAGACUGCUUUGGGGAAAAUGCUGUCCUGCAAGUAUAGAGGCAAGCCAGCCAGUGUCCACAGAGAGCGCGCCAAGCAGAAUCAAGCCCUCCUGCCCACCACGCAGGGCCUUCUUCCCCGGCUUGUCAAGGAGCUGCCGUCUCCCAAGUUAUUUACCAAGCCAAGAAUGAGAAAACUGUCACAGAAUGCAACUAUACAGCUUGACGUGGUGGAGGCAGAGACAGAGGAGAUCACUGGAGGAAACAGGCUCCUCCGGGCAAGGAGGACCACCAAGCGUUUAUCUGUCACGUCUCUCCCUUCGGGGCUGCAGAAGGUACAGUACUCAUCAAAAAAGAGGUCACACUUCCCAGCACUGAAAAAAAAGAAACAUGGCAUGGAGAGCAUCCUUGGAAAACCCGAUGUGACAGUAGGGAAGCUUCAAAUGCAGGUGGAUGACCUUAUAGAAACAGUGACUGAUAAAUCCCUGAAGCUACUGGCCCAACGACAUGCUGAGCUUCAGCAGUGUGAGUUCCUCGGGGAUGAGAUCCUCCAGUCGUCCAAGCAGUUCCAGAGGAUGUCGAAGCGAACCAUGAGGAAGUACAAACUGAGAAGUGCGUGUUUCCCGUGUGCCUGCUGCUGCCUCUGA